AAUGGAAUUUACUGUAGUCACUGCCACAGUAUGUGUAUGGGUCUAGUAUGCAAUUAAAAGUUUGGUCAUAAAGAUCAGCUCCGCGUGCGCAAACAAACCACUAUAUGACUGUUACAGCAUCGUUCUCGCAUCGCGCUUCGCGCGCGCUUGUGUAUCGCGCUAGAGCCCGCUAAUAUAAUCCGCCUGUACUGCAGGCGAAAGCUAGUGCAAUAUCCAGGAUGGGCAGAAGUUUUGUGACGUGGCUUUGAUUGUUGUGAAAGGAGUCUGGGAACCAGACUGCAGUUUAUACCGAAGGAACAGACAUAUUUUUAAGUGUGAUUCGCCGAUAUCAAAACAUUGCUGUGAAUAAAGGGUCCUGCCAUUGUGGACUGAGAUAAAACAAUGACCGUUGAAGCAUUGACACAAGAGCUGAACAGUUUUACGGAGGACACAGUGAGUCUUAUUAGGCAUGAUGGCGUAGAGCAGACUGGGCCUCUAAGCAGUGGAAGCAGCUUGGGCAAAAAGCGCAACAGACAACGGGAGAUACGUAUGAUCGUAGUAGCCUGCUUCAUUUUUGGUAUUGCGGUAACAACUGCUCUUAUCAUUGAUGUCUUCACAGGCAGUCAUCAUACAGGUACUUGUUUCAAAUUGGUUUGUCAUGUUUAUGUUUUUGUUCACAGUGGUGGUUUCAUGCUGACUGUAGCUUCCCAAAAAGAUGAAGAAGUAGCUGAGGUGAUUGACUUCAGAGAAGUUGCUCCCUUAGCUGCCACUAGAGAUAUGUUUCGUGGCAAUAAAUCGCUUGCAAGAUGGGGUGGUUUAUCAGUAGCUGUCCCAGGUGAAAUCAGAGGAUUUGAGGUAGCUCACAAGAAACAUGGAAGGGAAGGCGACAAAAUGAGUAAUCCAGCUCUGGCUGAAACAUUGCAGCAGAUUGCAGACAAAGGGGCUGAUGUCUUGUAUAGUGGACCCAUAGCUGAUGGCAUUGUUGCUGCAGUAUGUUCUAUUCUUGUGCUUUCUCAAUUAAGUGCUUUUGCAGAACUUCUGUUGGGAAAGUGCUGGAAACUGUUGCCAGUCACCUUACAGAACUUUUCUUUCGUCUUUUUUUGUGUUUUAGGUUACCAAGUGAUUACAACUCCUUUGCCUUCAGGUGGACCAGUGCUUGUUUCAAUGUUGAAUAUUCUGGAAGGUUUUAACUUUACAGACAAAGACCAGGGGAAAAGCCUUACUUAUCACUAUAUUUUAGAGGCUAUGAAAUUUGCUUUUGCUCAGAGGUCCCUGCUUGAGGAUAGUGAUAACCUGAAGAACAUCACAACGCAAAUGUUAAGCAAGGAACAUGCAAAAACUCUCAGAAAGAAAAUCUCUCCUGACAAAACUUUUGAGCCAUCUUACUACGGACCUUAUCUGAGCCAAGCGGAGUCUCAUGGCACUGCGCAUGUGUCAGUUAUUGGACCUGAUGGUGAACUUGUAAGCGUCACCAGCACAAUCAAUGAGUACUUUGGCUCAGGAAUCAUGACAAAGAAUGGGAUUAUUUUAAACAAUGAAAUGGCAGACUUUUCUAUUCCUGGAGUCACGACGAUUGAUGGAGCUGGGCUGCCAAUGGUAAGUAGAAAAAUUCAGCAUAUACAUAUAACAAUGACACUUACUUUUCUUUCUCUCUUCUUAUGUUUUUUUUUUCAGAAGCGUUGUUGGUUCCGUAUGUCACUGGGAGCAGCUGGUGGCGACCACAUAACACCAGCUGUAGCUGAAGUUAUAGUCAAUCAUCUUGCGUUCAACGACUCGUUGAGUCAAUCUAUAGAAAAACCAAGAGUAUAUUAUGCAAUAAGAAGUGGCAUUCCAGAAAUUGAAGCUGAUAAGUUUCAAGACAGUGAAACCGCAAGGAGUAUAGUGAAUGAUCUUCGAAACAAAGGUCACAACAUAACGGAACACGCUGGGCUAGCGGAUGUGAAUGGAUUAUCGUAUUUUAAAGAACAAGUCACGGCUCACGGGGACAGUAGAAGAGGAGGAGGUCAAGGAAGUGCUCAGUUUUAACGCUCGACCAGUAAAAUAUGAAUUUGUGCCGAUGACGCCCAGUGAUGUCACGAAUGCAAUCUCAAGCAGUUAUUUAUCUUGUACUAAAUUUCAUGGAUGGGUUUUUGGAAACUGGGACUCAUAAUCAACUUUGUAGGUCCAGGGAUAACCAUGUAAAUAUUGAGAACCAAUUCCAUAGCCAUGGCUAUUGCUAUAUAAAUCCAGCUACUGUCCAGUAAUUUCUCACACUGGACGCCAAAUGGUGUGUUUUUACUGUACAAAUUGGGAAAUACUAACUAAAUUAGAAAUUUCUUAAUUGCAAGUUAUUUGUCAAACUCAGAACAAACGCUGUAGAACUGCGAAUAACGAGAACUGAACCGGCUCGGUCCCAGGCCGCCUGGUUGAAACCUAUUCGUUCCCACCUGUACUCUACAAACUAAUGUAAAUAAAAUGUUUACACAAACAGCAAAUGUGAUUGGCGCGCUUUUUAAGUUAUAACGGGCUUUUUAAUAAAAGGGUAGUACUUUGAAUGCGUGUAGAUCGUCCUUUUAAGUAAAUUUAUUAAUUUCGGUUUGUUCGCUAUAACCACCGCACGCAGUGCAGUUACCGAGCGUCAUCUCGCUCUCAUUGAUGCUUUCAGUAACGCAUCAGUCAAUUUGAGCUGUGCCCAACCCCUCGGUCAACAGCCGGGCGUUUGGCAAUUUGGUGUUCUUGGAGACCAGCAUGUCGAAAGAGAGUAGUAUUUUGAAAAUUUCUGUCCUGGGAUUUCUUGUUCAUUCCGUUAUACUUCUAGCUUUCGUACGGAUUUUGCAAUACAUGAAAUUGCCAUCUCUGUUAUACACCAGCCAAGUGUACUUUUUCGGGCACGGCUCGAAAAGUUUUCAUCGUUUGGAACUGGAAGGAGUUACCUCUGUUGUCGAUUGUGUCAAAUGUGUACCAAUUCCUGUUA